AUGUCAGCCGGUGAUCGUGGUAUCCGAGAAUUUGUAACGUUGCGCCAUGAUGCCGAAUGGCCUCCUGCAAAUGGCAGUUGGCUGGGUAGUUCGACAGUCUCGGAUGAAGGUGUUGCGCUCCACGAAUGGAGCGCAGGAACUGUGCGACUAUUUCAAAAUCACACUGCUCGCUUGCCUCAUAUAGCAUAA